GCACUUUUCUCCCUUUUUCUUACAUUUUGUUUUUUUAAUUAUUAUUUUUAUUUUUUUAUUAUUGUUAUUACCGUUAUUCCCUCGGGUGUGAGCGACGCAGAGAGAUGUUUGCAGAACUGCUGUGCGGAUCCGUGGCUCUGGUCCUGUAUGUCAACACGCUGGGAGCCGACUUCUGCUACGAUGACAGCCGUGCAAUCAAGACCAAUCAGGACCUGCUCCCAGAGACGCCCUGGAUAAAUAUCUUCUACGAUGACUUCUGGGGAACCCUACUCACGCACAGCGGCAGCCAUAAGUCCUACCGGCCCCUCUGCACGCUCUCCUUCCGCCUCAACCACGCUGUGGGGGGGCUGGAGCCCUGGGGCUACCACCUGGUUAACGUGGCCCUCCACGGAGCCGUGACCGGCCUGUUCACCGCGCUGGCUCGCCUGCUGCUCGGAGGAGGCCUGUGGAGCCUCCUGGCCGGCCUCCUCUUCGCCUCCCACCCCAUCCACACGGAGGCGGUGGCGGGCGUUGUGGGCCGGGCCGACGAAGGCGCCGCUCUGUUCUUCUUGCUUUCGCUGCUCUGCUACAUGCGUCACUGCACGCUCCGGGGCCACGCCGGGCCCUGGCGGCUGGUGGCGUGGCUCCUCUGCAGCCUGGCCUGCGCCGCCUGCAGCAUGCUGUGGAAGGAGCUGGGAGUCACCGUCCUGGCUGUGUCGGCGCUGUAUGACGUCUGCGUUUUCCACAAGCUCAAGCUGCGACAGGUCAUCAUGCUCCUCUACAAGAGGAAGAACGUCCACCUGCUGCUCAACGUGUUUCUUCUGGCCGGCUGGGGAGCCGUGCUGCUGGCCGGCCGCUUCUACUGGAUGGGCAACAAGCCGCCCAACUUCUCCAACUCCGACAACCCGGCGGCCGACUCGCCCUCGCUCCUCGCCAGGUCGCUCACCUUUUUCCACCUGCCCGCCGCCAACUUUUGGCUCCUCCUCUGCCCGGACAUGCUCAGCUUUGAUUGGUCGAUGGACGCCCUGCCUUUGAUCCGGAGCUUGGCCGAUUCGAGGAACUUCCACACGGGGGUCUUCUACCUUGGACUGCUCCUGCUGGCUUGGUUUGGCCUGUGGACGCACCACACAGCCAAAAGCAAGGAGACGAACGGCAAAGCCCAUCAUUACACCAACGGCAAAAACGGACACAGCAAUGGACACAGUUACCAAAUCAACAAUCAUGAACACACAAACAAUUCCCACUCAGGCACUAACAGUAACAGUACUCAAAACGGUACCAAGAAGUACCAUGAGAUCAGGACUCCUCUGCCCACCUCGGAGAACGUGGUGGUGUUCUCUCUCGGCCUGUUGGCGAUUCCCUUCCUCCCUGCCACAAACCUCUUCUUCUAUGUGGGCUUUGUGAUAGCAGAGAGGGUCCUGUACAUCCCCAGCAUGGGCUUCUGCCUGCUGGUUGCCGUGGGGAUGAGGUCGCUGUACGUCCGGCUGCGGCGCCGAUCCUUCAGGACGAUGUUGGUGUACUGCAGCGCCGCCCUGGUGCUUCUGUUCGGCGUCAAAACUGUGAUGAGGAACCGCGACUGGCGGAAUGAGGAGAUGCUCUACAGGUCAGGGAUUUAUGUCAAUCCUGCUAAAGCAUGGGGCAACCUUGGAAACGUCCUGAAGAGCCAGGGCGAGAUGGAGGAGGCUGAGCAGGCGUACAGAAACGCCCUCUACUACCGCAGCAACAUGGCCGACAUGCUGUAUAACCUCGGUUUGCUGCUGCAGGAGAGCAACAAGUUCGCGGAGGCUCUCCACUACUAUAAGCUGGCCAUUGGGAGCAGGCCAACCCUGGCUUCGGCCUACUUGAACACGGGCAUCAUCCUGAUGAAUCAGGGUCGCAUGGACGAAGCCAAGCGCACCUUCCUGACCUGCGCUGACAUCCCGGACGAGAACCUGAAGGACCCCCACGCCCACAAGAGCUCGGUCACCAGCUGCCUGUACAACCUGGGCAAGCUGCUGCACGAGCAGGGACAUCAGGAGGAGGCCGUCUCCGUGUUUAAAGAAGCUCUACAGAAAAUGCCGAGACAAUUUGCACCACAGAGCCUCUACAACAUGAUGGGAGAGGCCUACAUGAGACUGAACAAACUGCCUGAAGCUGAACACUGGUACACGGAGUCGCUGCGAGCCAAGCCCGACCAUAUCCCUGCACACCUCACCUACGGCAAACUCCUGGCUGUCACGGGGCAGAAGACGGAAGCGGAGAGGUACUUCUUGAAGGCCAUUCAGCUUGAUCCCUCAAAAGGCAACUGCUACAUGCAUUAUGGUCAGUUUUUGUUGGAAGAGUCCCGGCUGCUGGAAGCGGCGGAGAUGGCGGAGAGAGCCGCUCGCCUCGACAGCGGGGAGUUUGAUGUGGUCUUCAGUGCAGCCCACAUGCUCAGACAAGCCAGCCUAAAUGAGGCAGCCGAGAGGUACUACGGACAAGCAGCCAGCCUGAGGCCCAAUUAUCCUGCCGCUCUGAUGAACCUGGGGGCGAUCCUCCACCUCAACGGGAAGCUGCAAGAGGCCGAAGCCAAUUACCUCCGAGCGCUCCAGCUGAAACCCGACGACGCCAUCACCCAGUCCAACCUGCGCAAGCUGUGGAACAUCAUGGAGAAACAGGGCCUGAGGACCAUGAGCCCCUGAGCGCCUCCCCCCCGCCUCAAGCACCUGCUACGUGUUUGCCGGACCCGGAGGAGAGGCCGGACCCUGCACUCCUUGUUCACUCCUCUCUUCCAGGAGACAUGGAGGAGGCUCAGGGAGGCGUUUGCUCAGAGAAGCUGUGAUUGUCCCUCGUUCUGACUCCUGAGCUCCUCACACACCUCAGGCCAGUGGCUCCUCUCUGAAGCAUGUCUCACAGUUUGGCCGCCUCGGUGCAGUUUUUGGACUCUUUAGAACUUUCUUUAAAAUAAGUGCUCCCACAGGAACCCUUUUUUUUUUUUUCUUUCUACUUUGCUUUUUUCCUUUUUCUAACUAGAGCACUUGAAACCAGGAGCGAGACCAUAGGUACAUCCGUCAACAUUUGUGAGGAAUUAAGUCACUUAAAUAAGCAAUUGUAGUUCAAAAGGGUCGAACUGAUUUGUCCCAGAGCAGCGCGACGGGAAGAAUCAGGGUUUAAUAAAAUGUUCUCGGUUUUGAUCAGAUGUUCAAUCUUGAUAAUGAAGAAAAUGAGAUAAUAACUGGACGCCGUCCAAAAUCUCCAGUGAAGUUUCGAGUCGUCUGUGUAUUUUGUUUUUCACGUCCUCAGUGGGUUUGUUUUUUUACUCGUGAGAUUACACACACUUCAUAAUGAAGGAAUGGAAAUUAGCACCGUUAUUUUAAACCAUUUGUCGCAGACGCCCGGGAUGUUUGUCGUCAACUCUAAAAAGGGAAUUCAAUUCAUUAGCCAUCACAGCACAACAACAGCCUCUAAAAGCUCCACACAGAUUUGUAUUUGUCUUGUUUUGGCAGGAAAAGUAAAAAAAAGUGAAGGAAGUGGGACUCGUUUCACACUGUAAUGCCUUAUAAUAAAUGGUGUGAAUCUUCUUUAGCAGUGUGCGGUAGCAUGCAGGCGGCAUUUUGACCCCUACUGCUUCUCCUAGUUCACAGUUAAAGAAGCCAAGUCGCCAUAGAAACGUGUUCGUUGACAACAUGAAGAAGCUAUAAAUGGAAUUAUUGAGAUACCCUUCCCAUGGAAGUCACAGAGAACAGCGGUACGGUAGUGAUGGGUACGUCGUCUCCGUACGAGUGUGGAGCUGAAACAGAUGAAGGAAAACUUCGAACCAAAUACAGGAGCUUUGCCGAUGCACAUUUUUUUCAUCUCAUGGCACGAGACAUGGCGCACGUCUUGAGGGAAAUGUUUUUACGUCUGUGUUGGAAUAAAAAACUAAUUUCGUUGUGUUUAUAUAAAUGAAUCCUAAUAUAUAUCUACGUUGUGUAUAUUAUACAGAAAAACCAUGCAGCAAAAAAGUAGCCAAUGGAAACUCCGACGCUGAGGAAAUUUGGUUUGUUACGUUAAAGGUGAACUCUGGUAUUUCUCAAUCUCGGUUGUUUAUGAAUGUUGCUGUGUAAAUGAAUGGUACUUAAAAAAAACUUGUAGAGUCAACCCAGCAGUGGCUACAAUAUAAUCUUAUGCGGCAACUGCAACAGUCGGCUAAAUGUCAAUUCUUAAAAGGUUUAACUUGUUAUUCUGGGUCUUUGCUUAGUAAUUCUGUUAACACUACAUAUUUCUUGCUCAAUUGGAAGUCUCACUUGCAACUGCGACAGUGGCCGCUAUGUAAUCUUAUGGGGCAACUGCAACAGUCCACAAAAUGUCAACUGAACAUGCUAUUUUUUUUACAAUAAUGAAAAUGUUAGGGCUCAAAUUGUUAUUCUGGGUCUUUGCUGCGAACAUUAUGCACUCUCGCUCAAUGAGUACCACUCAUCUACACACCCGUAUUUAAGACAUAGGCCCAGAUUUUCCCCUAUUGUCGACCCUCAGUUCUCUGUCUCAAGGUCUCAUUUUUGUAGAUAUUCUGUGUAAUUAACAUCCGCUCAUUUGUCGUCGAUGUCAACAAUUGCGUAAAAUGACCUGAAACCUCCCCAGAAGUAGGAAUCUGUGCAGUAUUUGUGAUCAGAAAACCCUCCUCACCUGUCUGUGUCCUCAGUUUAUUACAUUGUAAGUUAUUGCUUUGUGUUACCUCAGCAACAGAACCAGCUGGCACUGUGUUUUUACAUGUAAGAUGAAGGAAGUGAGCAGAUAUGUCGUGUGUGUUAGAAAAGAUAAAAACUCCCAAAUCACUUGAGUCGGGCCCAUUUAAAAAGCACCUUCACCGGAGGAUGAGAGUUGGAAUAUAUAUUUGUCACUUGCAGUCAAAAUGGUGUCGGCUCUGUUCUGUUUAUGACUGUGAUGUUCACCUGUCGAGUAAAAUAAUCACAAUUCACAUUCAUUCCUCCCUCACAUCACAAAAAAAAACAUCCCAUGUGCUAAUUUCCCCUGUGUAUAUAAAGUGUUCCUGAACAAACACUGAUAAUUGUUAUUGCUUGAGUGACGAUGUAAAGAAAACAAAAAAAAACAAGGUUCACUCUGUGUCUCUGCUCAGGGAUCUCAAGCGGUGGGUUAUUGCAGAAACUUGUUCACAGAGCGUUUACUAAAUUAAAGAUUUAUUUUUGAAAAGUUGUUGUAUUUGUAUAAAUUAUGAAGAUUUGUAGCCUUUUUUUCCUCCUUUUUCUAAUAUAAAAACGAACAAUGUGCCAGAAUCAGACCUUUGUCUCUCAAUGUUGCUUUUUUUCCACAAUAA